CGAAUUUACAAAGAUUUGAACUUGGUGUCAACGAGAGUAGUCUUACGCUAACGCUUCAGACUAAUAAUAAACGUAAGCACAAAUAUAGUGCCAUAGUAAUAAUUACUUUAUCUGGAUAUCAAGCAAUUGUCCUUGAACUUUUGGUCACAGCGACAGAAGACGAGCUCAAGGAACAUUUUGAGCGGGCACUUUUCUACGCAGAACAACUAUCCGCGGAUUUGAAAAAGGGUCCUCGAGUUGUGCACUUUUGGCACAACCUUAGCUUCACAAAAGUUCUUAUGAUUGCAUGUUGGUGGGAUGCAAGCCGUAACGAACGGCAUAUAACUAGUGUUGAUAGGCUUGAAAUGUGA